AGGCGCGUGAGAACGUCUGAAGAGUUAUUGGGCUCCGCUUUGCAGUCUGUCCGCUAUCAAAACUACAAUCGCAUCCGGGACAGAUGGAAUAGCACUACGCUAUGUGAUCAAUCUCGAAAGCAGAACAUCCUAGACCAUCGGGAGUUAUGGGAAACGGAAAAGUUAAGAGGGUCGGAAGCCCUUCUGUUCGGAAAUUCCCUAGCUCGUGUUUCCCGUUAUCUCGACCCCAGGCCCGUCUUUUGGUACCGCAUUAUUGCAUAUUAAAGACGCAUCAGAUUGUUCAACAUGGGCAAUACACCCUCUCACAUUUUCCUGUACCCAUUACACAUCAAUAAAACUACCAGAAAUGUCUCGCCCAUACGAUUCUGCCGACUUUGAGCAACUCCAGCGCGAUGCGGAUGAGUGUCUGCUCACGUACGGUACCGCAUUCCAUCCUGAAAUCAUCACCUCUACCGAUGGUAUCUACAUGGAAACACAGUCUGGCCAUAGGAUGAUGGACUUUACCUCAGGGCAAAUGAGUUGUCUGAUCGGACAUGGCAACCCUGAAAUUGUACAAACCAUCAAUGAUCACGCUCAACAUCUUGAUCACCUCUUCAGUGGAAUGAUCAGUCCUCCAGUAAUCAAACUCGCGAAACGACUGACUGGUGUGGCACCUGCGGGCCUUGACAAAGCAUUCUUCUUGAGCACAGGUGGCGAAGUCAACGAGGCUGCCAUCCGGUUGGCAAAGUUCUUUACGGGAAAGUUCGAGAUCGUAGGACUGGCCUCCUCGUGGCACGGAAUGACAGGAGGCUCAUUGGGGGCUCAGUAUCACGCUGGACGUUCUGGUUAUGGACCUAACAUGAUCGGAAACCUUGCACUGCCGACACCUAACUCCUACCGCUCGAUUUUCAGGCACCCAGAUGGAUCGCAUGAUUGGACAACCGAGCUGAACUACGGCUUUGAUCUUCUGGACAAGCAAUCUUGCGGAUCGCUUGCAGCGCUCAUCGUUGAGCCCAUCCUUUCCAGUGGUGGUAUGCUGGAACUCCCUCCUGGUUACAUGAAGGCUUUGAAAAAGCAUUGCGAAGCGAGAGGCAUGCUUCUUAUCGUUGAUGAAGCGCAGACGGCCUUGGGAAGAGCUGGAGAUAUGUUCGCCUUUACACAUCACCCCGAGGAUGAGGGCGUUGUUCCGGAUAUCGUAACACUUAGCAAGACGCUUGGGAACGGUAUCCCACUGAGCGCCAUUCUCACAUCGAACCGUAUCGCGCAGCAUGCGAAAGAGAACGACUUCCUCUUCUACACCACACACAUCAAUGAUCCUCUUCCGGCGGCAGUGGGCGACAAGGUUCUCGAAAUCGUCAUCAGAGAUGAUCUCUGCGCACGUUCGAAACGGCUAGGUGUCAAGCUCCAAGCCGGUCUCAGACGACUGCAGUCACGGUAUGGAUGUGUUGGCGAUGUGCGAGGGCGAGGCUUGAUGGGAGGUCUUGAAAUCGUGAGCGACAGAAAGACGAAGGUCGGAGCACCAGAGGUGGGUAGCGCGAUAUCAGACAAGAUGGUGAAGAUGGGCCUGUGGGCACAGCUUGCUACUAUGGCGUCUUUUGGUGGUGUCUUCCGUAUUGCACCGCCAAUCACGGUAACCGAGGAGCAGCUUGAUCUUGCCCUCGCAAUCAUGGAAGAAGCGUUCAGGACGACACCUGGCACGAUGCCGUUGUAUAUCGAGGAGAAAGUACCGGUACGGAGCGAGACUAUUGUAGAAGCUCGGUUAUGAGAUGGGUAGGACUAGUCUCACAGGUUCCUGGAUGAACAAUUGACUUAUAGGUUAUGUAUAUGUC